AAUUCAAAGCACAAGCAUGAGACCAGGUUUUCUUCGUCUGGAAAUUAUUAUGUCCAAACUUCAAGACUGAAUCUAAAUCAAGAUUCUUUUCCCAGGUUUGGAGCUAAACUUUGGAACGCAAUUCCUAACGAAUUUCGUCAACUCUCCAAAGGAGCUUUUAAGAAAAAUUUUCAUGACUUUUUGCUCUCGAUAAUGGAAGCAGAGGACGAUUAUGUUGAAGUGCCCAUUCUCCUACAAAAAAUGGCAAAUUUUCCAUCCUCGACUCAGUGUACUAAUAAUCGAUAGGUUCUGUUAGUAGUAAAUUUGAUUGGAAUAUCAUUCUGUAAGACUAUAUAUUUUGUAACUUUAGCUUGUUUUUCAGUAAUUCUUAUUUAUCCAGAUAGUUUA